CCGGCGAAGCGUACUCGAGUCUCUAGGGCCUGCGAUCAGUGCCGGACUGCGCGGGAAAAGUGUGACGGAGGGCAACCCAUAUGUCAGACCUGCACAUCGUGCAAACGGCCAUGCACGUAUACGUCACCUCCUAAGAAGAGGGGCAUCCAGCCAGGCUACAUUCGCACUUUGGAGCUUGCCUUGACUUGGCUAUUCCAGAACACCGGCUGCGAAGCCCUUCUCAACCAGAAGCUCGCCCAGGAACGCUCGGUGCUACUUGGCCGUGACACCAAGGAGUCCAACAAGCUCCACAAGGCCUGGAGACGGAGUCGGUUCUGCAAAGAUGUGGACAAGUUGCUCUCAGGGCAGCAGAUAACUUCACCUGACGUUGCACAUGAGGAUAGUGAUAGCGAGUCGGACGACCUAAGCCUUCACAAUCACCUUCCUAGCCUCGCCCCACAAGAAGACGCGAGGCCAUCGGGGUCAGUCCAACCCCCUUUCAUCCCAGCUAGGAAAGUCCCCCUGGACGCCUUCAGCCCACACGAUACCGAUACGACCACAACUAUGUCUUUGCCUCCGAACAGCUGGCGCCUCCUCGAUAUCUACUUCGCCUUCACCCAAUCUUGGCUACCCAUUUGCGAAAGACCGGAUACCCUCAAAUUAUCGUAUUCCUAUCCAGAGAUAGGCCUUGUCUUGUCUUCAGCAAUGCCAAACUCCGGCGACCACGCUGAACUUUGGAGUAUACUUGCCGUAGCUUCGCAUCAAUCGAGGCCUGAGUGUCCAGAAACUGCGGUGGCAACGGAAUCUGAGAGUUUGUAUAGUGUUGCUCGAAGCUUGAUUCCAGACGAGAGGGGAUUACUAGGCGUCGGACACGUCAAAGCGAUGGUCAACCUUGCAAUAGUGCAGCUCGGCCGAGCAAACUUCGAAGCUGCUUGGCUGCUUGUUGGCUCUGCCUCCCGGACCCUGUUGGCGCUCGAACAGUCACCGCAACCGGUUGGUUCUCGGUGGAAACAUCUUCUUGGCGCCUGUUUCUUGCUAGAUAACCUACUAUCUUCCCAACUACAUCGCCGCCGAUACCUUGAGGUAUUCGAUCUCCGACGAUUUGGACCGAUAGAAGAAGACGGACUCGAGGAAUGGCAACCAUGGAGUAGCCCACUCCAUCCCUCCCUGUCGCACGGUUCUAGGACACCGUUGCUCAGCCUGAGUAGCUUCAAUAGGCUCCUGGAGAUUACUGAUAUGCUGAGUUCGUCUGAGCAGCCAGCCGACACUGGACUUCCUUCAGAGCAAGUUCUUGGGCAAUUGAAUUCCUGGAAGGCUUCGUUACCGCCAACGCUUGAAUACAUCCGCGAUGAGCGCAAGCACACGCCGCUGAACCCUCCCGCUGUAUUACUACAGCUGAGCCAUCUCUACACCUGCUUUGCAUUGUCCCCAUCACAGCCAGUGCUUACGCAGAUCCUCGACCUGCUGGAGAGGUACUCAGAUCAGUUUGGAGUCGCCGCAUUACCGCCAGUUUCUCACUGCUUCCUACAAAGCUUACAGAGGAGCAGUAUGUACCUGGCGCUUGAGGCGACACUACAAUUCCGCCUUGAAAGUAUUCGUUUAGGAAUUAGCAGUACGUGGUCCUCAACUUCACGCGAAGCUCUUGGAGCUACUCCGGUCCCCACGAAUGCUCAGGCCCGACCCUCGGUUGUUGAAAAUCCGAUCCCUACUCCUGAAUCUCUUCAAGUGCCUUUCGACUCCCCGUACGCACCAGCCAGGAACCAAUCGGAUCCGCGAACCCCCAACUUUGACCCUUUGCGAAGGGACUUUUUCUCGCCCUCAUUGUAUCAGCACAAAUCAACUACGUCUCGCGACAUCGAGAGCUUCUUCGAUGAGCUAGCCUCUCUGGACGGUGCGGAGAUAGUAGACAAUCAGCCCCAAUUCAUGCAAAAUUUAGGCUUCGCACCUGAUGCAAGCAUGGCGGAUUUCCUCGCCGCAGAUCUCAGCCAGUACCUUCCGAUGGCUUCGACGACAUUCAUGCCUCAAGGCAACAACGGCCCUACCCAACUUGAU